UUAAAAAGAGUUUUGAGUGUUAAAAAUGUUUUUUUUUCUUUAAAAUGUUUUGUUAGCAUGUUUUUCCGGAAGGGGCAUGUUUGGAUGUUUUGUUUUGUUUUGUUAAAGUUUACAAACUUUGUUUUAAAGAAAAUGUUUAAUGUUUUUCUGAACUUUUAUAUAUGUCUAACAUGUUUUCCGGAAUUAUUUUAUCUGUUUUGCAACAUGUUUUUCCGGAACAUGUUUCUCGGAAUUAAAAUUAUAAUUUUAAAGGCACUCCAAUUCGAAAAUUAUUUGUACCAGAAUAUCACUGUGAAAACUACGACCAUUUCCAACCUCAACAAUUAG